AUGGAUUUGCACACACCAAUUGUUCUCGACCAAGGUACCGGGUUCGUUAAAAUAGGUCGGGCUGGGGAGAAUUUCCCAGACCACACGUUUCCUUCUAUUGUGGGACGACCCAUUUUGAGGGCUGAAGAGCGUGCGAACCUUACCACCCCUUUGAAAGAUAUAAUGAUUGGUGACGAGGCCAGUGCAGUGCGGUCGUAUUUGCAGAUUUCUUAUCCUAUGGAAAACGGCAUCAUCAAAAACUGGGCUGACAUGGAGCACUUGUGGGACUACGCUUUUUUCGAUCAAAUGAAACUGCCAUCGACGUCUGGCGGGAAAGUGUUGCUUACGGAACCUCCCAUGAAUCCAUUGAGAAACAGAGAACAAAUGUGCGAAGUCAUGUUUGAGAAAUAUGAUUUUGGUGGUGUUUACGUGGCUAUUCAAGCUGUUUUGGCCCUUUACGCUCAGGGUCUCUCUUCUGGUGUUGUCGUGGAUUCUGGUGAUGGUGUCACGCAUAUUGUUCCAGUUUACGAAUCCGUUGUGCUCAACCAUUUAACUAGAAGGCUUGACGUUGCUGGCAGAGAUGUGACUAGACAUUUGAUAGAUUUGCUGUCGCGUCGUGGCUACGCUUUCAAUCGAAACGCAGACUUCGAAACUGUCCGUCAAAUUAAAGAAAAAUUGUGUUAUGUCUCUUACGAUUUAGAUUUGGAUACCAAACUUGCUAGAGAGACCACAACUUUGGUAGAAAAUUAUGAACUUCCGGAUGGACGUGUCGUCAAAGUUGGUUCAGAACGUUUCGAGGCACCUGAAUGUUUGUUCCAACCCAGCUUAGUCGAUGUCGAACAGCCCGGAAUUGGUGAGAUGCUUUUCAACACAGUACAGUCCGCAGACGUCGAUGUGAGAACUGCGUUGUUUAAAGCCGUCGUAUUGUCAGGUGGAUCGAGUAUGUACCCUGGUCUUCCGUCAAGGCUUGAAAAGGAACUGAAACAACUCUGGUUCACUAGGGUGCUUCGGAAUGAUCCGACCCGUUUGGACAAAUUCAAAGUUCGGAUCGAGGAUCCUCCCAAAAGAAAGCACAUGGUAUUCAUUGGAGGCGCUGUUCUGGCGAAUAUCAUGGCCGACAAAGAUCACAUGUGGCUAACGAAGCAGGAAUGGGAAGAAUUAGGACCAGCUUCUCUUUCUAAGUUUGGCCCGAGAUAA